UAAUGUCAGAGGUUAUAAAUCAAUCAUUGAUAAUAUUGAUAGGCUUUAACUAUUAAUUGAGUGCAUUGGUUCAAAUCGGUUCCGUUCAACAGCAGCUGUACAUUACAUUUCCCAGGGAGCCAAGCGUCUCUCAGUGCCGUUUCCAGGAAGUUGUCUAUGGUUGUCAAGCAAACGUUUGUUUGUAAGCCAAGUGCCUCAGUCUGUAAAAAUGUGUCGAGUAUCUUUUUAGCCUACAGUUUACUUUAACAGGUAGCUGUGAGAGAUGAGUUGCUGCCAUGUGUCUGUGGCCCAGGAUGUCCGACCUGGUACAGCACGGGUCCUGGUGACUGAGCUGAGUGGAUCACGGCACAUCAACCCAACUCCUGUCAGGAAGCCCUGCGACGACUCUGAAACUGCCGUGGAGCUUUACCUUUCUCCAAAGAAGCUGGUAUCACUUUGUGGAACUCAGGACCUCUCAAAUGUGACCUCACUGGAGCUCUGCAUAAACACACAAGAAAACACACUGGGUAACUUUGGUGCCUACUUGCCCAAGCUGGUGCAGCUGAAAAUGAAUAACAGCAUGAUCAUGUCAGUAAGAGACCUGGGAACCACCCUCUCCCACCUGCAGGUGAUUUGGAUGUCUCGCUGCUGCCUUCAAGACCUAGAUGGCAUUUCUGUACUCUCCUCUCUAAAGGAGUUGUACGUGGCCUAUAACAAUGUGUCAGAUCUGAGUCAGGUUUGCAUGUUGGAGAACCUGCAGGUGUUAGAUCUGGAAGGCAACGAUGUGGAUGACUUGGUCCAGGUUCAAUAUCUGGGGUUGUGUGGCAAACUCCAGACACUUACUCUAGAGGGAAACCCUGUGUGUGUACGCCCAAAUCCCACCUCCACACAGACGGCAGACUACAGUUAUCGGGCUUCAGUGAGGGAGUUGGUCCCUCAGCUGCGUUACCUAGACGAUGUCAGGAUAGAGGAGGACAAGCUGAGCUGUUGCAGCAUCAUGGGACAAGACUGGGCCAUUCUCCAGAACUCCAUCAGAGACUACAACUCCUCUCAGGAUGCUGCUGAAGAUGAGGAGAGAGCAGACAGUGCAUAUCCCUACAGCAGACCCAGCACGGCCAGGCGUCCUACUUCCUGCUGCUCCAGUGUCUUGUCAGCAGGCUCCAGACCCAUGUUAGUGAACAGGCCUGGAGUUCUCUCCCCUCCUGGAUCCAGACCUGGUUCUGCAGACUCAGAUCUAGCAGCAGUGGAAGCAGAAACCAGCAUCCUGACACAUGGAGCUGGUAAGAUCCUGUUCUGUGGGAAUCCAGUCCAGGCUAUUCGAGCAAGGCGAGAAAAGUUGAGGACAGCACCCACUAGGUCUACUUUCACCCAUCGUGACCUGCCCAUCCAUGUACCAGAGCACACGUUUGACCUUGAGGAACCUGAUGUUAGAGAACGUGCUGAUGUGUUUGCUGAGCUUAGAGCUUGGAGGGAGCAGCACAGCAGGCGUCUCCAGGCCAUAGAGACAGAAAGAUUACCGCAGAUUCUGGCUAUUCAGCAUAGUGAUGAGGACGAGGAGGAAGAUGGCAAUGAGGAAGAAGGCUUUGGUGGCCUGCAUCAUAGAGAAGCUUUUUCCACUGAUUUGGCUCGAGUGUCCCUGUCCCCAGACACCACGAUGUUCCCUGCUCCCCCUUUCAGUGCCACAGUAGCUUUGGGUCUUUCGAAGCCACAAGGGAUUCGUGCACGUAGGCUUCAACUCAGUCAGACCAGUUCAGAACUUUUACCUGAUUCUGUCAGAGCUGGGUGCUCACGUGGGACAGGUACAAGAGCAGGAGCCACAGAUCCACCAGUCCAGAGGGUCCAGCAGAGGACCAGGGCCAGUGUGCCUUUGUUGGCCCAGCCUGUACACAUACCCCGCCCGCCUCCAACAAGUGCUCCUGGUGAAGGGCUUAUAGAUUCAUGCAUGGCGGUGGAUGUGCCCCAUGUACAAUCUGGCAACAAGCAUCAGAUGUCCAAACUCCGGGACAGACCAGCCAUUACCCGUCCUCACACAGCCAGGGCAGCUUUACAGAAACAUCACCAGCAUCACAUGCUCUAGCCCUGCAGAUGGAAGUCACACGCAGAAUGACACCAGAAUGGACUGAUGUUUGCUGUCUAGCCAGUGAUCAGUAUAAUCAGUGUGUAAUUGUUCCACACCCUGAAAACAUAACAUUGAGGGGAUCAUUCCUUAUAUUUGCUCUGGAUCUCACUCACACCAUGCUCUGAUGUAUAUUGGGAUUGCAAGUGUUUUGCCAUAAUAUCUUUUCUGAAUUAUUCUUUUAAAGAUGAUCCAGUAGAUAGUGAGAGCAGUCCCACUAUUUUGGGGUCUUUAUAAGACACCAGCAUGCAGUGACUUUAGAGCUCAUAGUGCUUUAAAAUGAGUAAUUGUGUAAUUAAAAUGAGUGUGUAGCUGGAGGACUUGCUAUACUUGAUAAUCCCUCUUAUGUUCCUGUGUUACUUUUUUCCUGAUGGCUGUUUUAUCUGGAUGACAAUUAAUGUGAGAUGGAACCCUACAUUUGAAUUUCUCAGGCUGUAAUACUGAAUUAUUACAACUCAAAUUCUAGUUUGUGUUUUACUCAAUUCAAAAAAUUGUAAUCAACAUUUUCUUAUCAUUGUCUUUCAUCAAUGC